AUGCCGCCGAAACCAGCGCAGAAAUCCAAGGCCUCGAAGCCAGAUCCCAAGGCUAUUGGGAAAGGCCCAGGUCGCAAAGCUGCAGCCAAGCAGCCGAUUCCAUUACCCGAACGACUGAAACGCCUGUUUACGUCGCUAUGCGCACAGAUCGAUGGUGGCCACUUUGCGAACGCUAUCAAGACAUGCGAUAAAAUUCUCAGACUGGAGCCCAACGAUGUCGACGCUGUGAAGACCAAAUUGUUCCUGCUGUUGCAAACUGAGCAGUACGAGACCGCCCUGGCACUUUUGGACCAAUACCCCGAAGCACACCGGUUUGAGAGGGCAUAUACGCUGUACCGUCUGCACCGAGAAUCUGAGGCAAGCGCUAUCCUUCAAGAAAUCCGGGCACAGGAUAGCGAACAUCGAGGUGCUGCACAUCUCGAGGCCCAACUUAGCUAUAGAGAAGGCAACUAUGAGGCCGCCUUCGAUACCUACAACCAACUUCUUGACUCUGCUGAGCCAGACUCGGAAGAACAGUCUGACAUCCUCACCAACCUGCAAGCCUCCCAGCAGCACCUUGAUUUCGUAAAUGAAGGCUACCUGCGAGCACUCGAUGGCCUGCCCACGAACGUCAACACCGCAUUAGAAUCUAUUCCUCCACCGGUACCCGCAGCACCUGCCCCAGGCCUCACGUCCUCGGUGAACACUGGGGCUGAUAACCAGCAAGCUACCAACCCGCCCGUGAAGAAGGUUCGGAAAUCACGGAUACCUCCAGGCGUUAUCCCUGGUGUUACGCCUCCCCCUGAUCCAGAACGGUGGCUCAAGAAAAGCGAGCGAUCAACAUUCGCCCACGGCAAGCGACGAAAGGGUGCCGGUGGGGGAGCAACACAGGGAAGCGCGGUGGAUCCGAUACCCCAAACUUCUUCCUCUGGGCCUGCAAAGUCAGGCGGUAAAGGCAAGAAGAAGAGGUAA